AUACGAUUCCAUGAUCAUAUUGUUCCACACCAUUGUUUGGUUAGGUGGUGCCGUGUUACUGGUUUUGUUCACACACAAUGGGUACCUUGUGAAAUCAACCUCCUUCGUUAAUAGCUUUAUGUAGAACAACAGACUUUUGUCAUCCUUGAUUUGUAGUGGUUGGCCUCCUUCCUUCAGUUGAUAUUUCAGUUGUAGUUGUGUUGAUUCAUGGUUGCAUUGGAGUUCUUCCAUCAUUAUUCUCAUUAGUUCCUCAAAAGUGCACUUGGUCGAAAUUAAUUCUCCACUUGAUUCAUAAUCAACAUAGUUUUUUUUGUCAUCCCAAUGCCCAUUGCUUUGCACCAAUAUUUGUAAUGGUUCCGUUUCCUGAAAUAAUGUAAAUUAUUUACUUGGUUCAGUUUUUGUAGUUGCAAACAACUAUUUUAAUCUGCCAAAACAACCAAUAAACAACUCUUUCCAACAAUAACUUAUGCAUCUAACACUUUCAGCUGGCCGACUAUUUAUAUAGGUUAAAUCAACUAUCAAACAACUAUUUCAAAACUGAUCACCAAUUAAUAACAGAAGAUUCAUAUUUUCCAGUUUCUAGAUCCCAAACAACUAUUAUUCCACUGUAAAACAACUUGUAAACAACCGUUUCAGAAUAAAACACUGUAGCAACUAUUUAUAUGCCUUAAUGUUUAUUUUCAUGCAAACCGUUGUUGUUUUUUUCUCAGAUUCAUCAAUAUUUCAUUAUUUUUUCAAUUUAAUCCGGUUUUCAUCAAUUAAUAUCAAAUUUCUAUUCAUCUACACUAAAAUUUUUUUUCCACGUUCAUGAAAAAAUUUGUUUACCUUCAAUUGUCCUUCUGAUUCAAUCAUGGGUGAGUUUCUUUGAUUUCCAGCUCUCCUUCUACUCGGUUCUUCUCCUCUGAUCGCGAUUUCUUUGUUCAAUGAUUGUUGUUUUUGAGUUUUUUUUGUACAUCAAUGGAGGUUUUUUGGUUUUUUUUUUUCCCUUUUCGUUUUUGAUUUUGGAUUUUCGGGAUUCAGCUGGUUUCCUAGGAGUUCUACAUUUUUUUAGAUUUUGAUUUUGCUGGAUUUGGAAGAAAAAUGGUUGAGAUUGGGUUGUUGGGGUUGGAUCGUUGGGUCAAGAAGAAGCUGCGGCUGGUCACGAAGAAAAAUGGUUGAGAAUGGUGGUUUCCGUUUUCUCAGCCGGUAUUUUUGUAAUUACCAACUUUUUAGUUUCCACUUUUGUUUAUUUCCUUUUUUAGGGCCAUAAAUGUAAAUUUCAUCUAUUUUUGGUCUAUAAUAGAAAAAAUCUCUUAAAUUUAUCAAAGAAAAAAAAAAGGACUCUGUGUCUUCUAUUCUAUUCUAUUAUGCCGUUUCAAAAUCCAUAAUUAUCAAUUAUUUUAUAAAAAUAAUAGUGUUAGUACUUAUACGAGUACGUAUCUACCAGUGGUAUGUGGAACUAACCCCAACAAAUAAUUAUGAUCCUUUUCUAGUACUACUACUCUCUGUUCUGUUAUAUAUAUAUAUAAUAAAACUAAAGACCAAUUAUUAUAUAUUUUACUUAAAACUCAUUUAGGUUAGGAAAAAAGGAAAAUGAGUAGGAGGAAUAGAGAUAGAUGGAUAGGAGAGUACAACAGUUCUCAGCAGAUACUGCUAGUUGGAGAAGGUGACUUUUCCUUCUCUGCUUGUUUAGCUAAAGCAUUUCGCUACGCCGAUAAUAUGGUCGCUACUUCUUUGGAUUCUCUAGAUGUGUUACUGGGAAAGCAUUGGCAUUGUCAAUCGCAUCUGGAUGAGUUGGAGAAGAGAGAUUGUUUGGUUUUGCAUGAAGUAGAUGUUCAUGACAUGGACCGACAUCCUACCCUUAAAGACAUGGAAUUUGAUGUCAUUGUCUUUAACUUUCCUCAUGCUGGUCAUGUCUCUUGGCUAUGUGAAAGGGAUGACAUUCUUAUUCAGAGGCACAAGAAUUUGGUUGGAGGUUUCUUUAGAAGUGCUAGUAAAAUGAUAAAGAAAGGUGGGGAGAUCCACAUUACUCACCGGGGGGACGAACCUUACAACCAAUGGGAGGUGGAGAAGCUAGCCCAAAAUGAAGGGUUGAUUCUCAAGCAAAAAGUGUCGUUUUUGAAAGAGCUUUAUCUUGGCUACCACAACAAGAGAGGCAGUACUAUCCAGGGCAACAAAAAGUUCCCUCUAGAAUGCUCUUUCACUUCCAAGUUCUCUCUUCCUCAUCAUGAUAUUAUUCAUCACCACCCAAAAACGACAGCUAUUGUUGUUGAUGAAAAGAUAUCUAUAUCAGAUGAUCAAAAUGACAUCAUAACAUUAAUAUCUGAGGACCAUGUGCACACUCAAAUGAUCAGUAUUGCUAAUAACAAUAAUUUUUCUGAUGGAAAUAUCACAGAUGAUACUAUAAUUGAUGGAGAAAUAAUAGCACCAACUAAUCGUCUUAGUACUCUUACUAUCUCAGAACAUGACCAUGAAAACCAGGCAUCAAUGAUCGGUAGUACUGAUGAUGAGCAUGAUGUCGUUUCUCCUGUUGGUGAUCAUCUAUUGAUGAUAUUAAUGAUCAUCUCCAUGAAAUUAAGAAUAUUACAGAUGAGAUCAUGUCGUUGAAGAGGUGAGUAUGGUGA